UAUAUGUUGCUCCUAUGACAACCAAAGCAGUCUAUAACGUCUAGCUCUCUGAAGUGCUACCAAAAUGAGGCUACUAGGAUGGAUGCAGCACAAGCUGUGGCAAAAUAGUAUUGAGCCAUUCAAAGAUUUCACAAGUGGGAAUUAUUGUACUUGCUUUUCAGCUAAGUCAUCACUUAAUGACCAAGACUCCUAUUCAAAACCAACAUUUGGCACUGCGUUUGAGUGCAGAUCCUCAAUGCAAAGCAGACAGGAAUGCAAAAACUCAUCUGGAGCAGAAGCGAACUUAGAAGAUGGGGAAGGACUAGUUUUCCAUGGCUUUCUCAGCAUUGGAACUCUGGGUUCAGAACAAAUCAUCAGUGAUUCAGAAACACCAAGAUUCACCAUGUCUUUGGAGAAUAUAGCUGAGGAGGAAACGGACGUGACAGAAAUUGAUUUGAAGCUUAUCAAUGACGAACUAGAAAAGUUCCUUGAAGCUGAAGCUGAAGGAAAAGGGUCCAACGAAUCCUCAAAAAGGAACAGUCAGGUUAGUGCCAUUACACUUAAUGGCAAGCCAAUGGAGGGAGCCUAUUUGGAAGAAUAUGGGUGGAUGAUAUGCCCUCUCCAAGGAUACCUAUUUGGUUCUUCAAUUGACCUUCCAGAAACAAGAACUGAGGGGAAGAAGGACAAGGCAUCACUUGCAGAGUUGUUCAAAAGGGAAAAAGUUACAGAUGGGAGUUCAACAGAAAAAUAUGGGAAAGAGGAGAUGCAAGCUAAGCAAACAAAUAAGUCUGUUAAACAUCGCAUCAUGAAGAUUCUGAACAAGCUGCAAUCUUCCUCUACGAAUUCCAGCACUUCACCUAAAGAGACUUAUUCUGUUUCAACCAAGAAAAGAUUCCAAAAGGUCAUAAAGAUGUUCCACAGGAAAAUCCAUCCUGCAAGCUCAGCUGCUGAAAGAGAGCUUAAAAAGUCAAAAAAGUAUAUGAUCAAUAAUACUCCCCAGUAUGGUUUUCAUCUUGAGGGAGACCAGAUGCAUCAGGAUAAAGAUGAUUGUAAGUUCUGUCAGAGACAUAGAUCACAGGAAGGAAGACAAUGUUGCAAGACCAACUCAAAACAGCCACAGAGCAUGCUUGCUGGCAGUACUUCAAGUGGGAAUAGGGAGCACUGGAUCCGAACAGAUGCAAACUGUGCAAACACCCGUAGGGGUGUCAACACCUACUGCCCAAGGCAUCCCACAUCAGCUAGACACAUGAGGGAUCACUGACUUGGUAUUGGAGUUGGAGUAAAGAUGCUGCAACAAAGAUUUAGUAGCUAUCAUCCUUCAGAAGUAAGAGCUGCCAAUCCCAUGCUUUUGUAGUAUAAUCUGUGUUAUUCAGCUAUUGUGUGAUUCUAAGUGAAUGUGGUGAUAAACUCAAAAGGAAAGAGACUGAAUAUAAGACAGACUCUAUCUUAUCUUCCUAAGUGAAAUAAAUGUCAUGCACUAAG